CCGCUCACGUCUCUAUGAUCCCCGUACAGCUCUCCAUCGCCCAUAGAUUUUUCUGCGCAUGCGUGAACUACGUCAACGUUCCAAGAGUCUCCUAUUUGCGCCACAGAGCCGUUCGGACUCCAUCUCCCAGAAUGCCUACGCGUUGACCGAGGUGUCUACGGCUUCUGGGAGAUGAAGUCCAAAAGAACCCCACAACCUGUGUGAGGCCUAAAAAUGGAUACGGGAAAAGAAUUGGUGAAGCGGCUUGAGGAAAUACCAGACCUGCCUCUCUAGCCUUUUCUUGGACUCUAUGACCAGAGUGUUUUGGCUUUUCCGCUUCCGGGUCGCUGCUGCUGGGUGUAGAGAACCCGGAAAUAAGCUUUUGGGGGGAGAUUUUUAGCGGCGCUCCUGGCCAUGGGGAAGACGGACUUCUUGAGCCCGAAGGCCAUCGCCAACCGCAUCAAGUCGAAGGGGCUGCAGAAGCUGCGCUGGUACUGCCAGAUGUGCCAGAAGCAGUGCAGGGACGAGAAUGGUUUUAAAUGUCACUGUAUGUCAGAAUCUCAUCAGCGACAGCUGCUACUUGCUUCUGAAAAUCCCCAGCAAUUCAUGGAUUAUUUUUCUGAGGAAUUCCGGAAUGAUUUCUUAGAGCUUCUCAGAAGACGAUUUGGAACAAAGAGAGUUCACAAUAAUAUUGUAUAUAAUGAAUACAUUAGUCACCGGGAACACAUCCAUAUGAAUGCCACCCAGUGGGAAACACUGACAGAUUUUACCAAAUGGCUUGGCAGAGAAGGUUUCUGUAAAGUGGACGAAACACCCAAAGGCUGGUACAUCCAGUAUAUCGAUAGAGACCCUGAGACAAUCCGUAGACAGCAAGAGCAAGAAAAGAAGAAAAAACAAGACCUUGAUGAUGAAGAGAAAACAGCCCGAUUUAUUGAAGAACAAGUGAGGAGAGGCUUGGAGGGGAAAGAACAGGAGGAGCCUGUUUACACAGAACUAAGCAGAGAAAAUGAGGAGGAAAAAGUUGUAUUUAAUUUGAAUAAAGGGGCAAGUACGUCAACAGCUGCACAUCCAAAAGCCAGUUUAAUUGGGCUCAGUGCACUGAAGGCAGCAGGAACAGCACCCACAGUGAAGCGCAAAGAGGUGCCUGCUAAUCCAGGGCAGACAAAAAAGAAAAAAUCAGCCCUCGACGAAAUCAUGGAGUUUGAAGAAGAAAAGAAAAAAUCUGCCCGAACCGACUAUUGGCUACAGCCCGACAUUGUGGUCAAAAUCAUCACAAAGAAACUUGGCGAGAAAUAUCACAAAAAGAAGGCAGUUGUUAAGGAAGUAAUUAACAAAUAUACUGCGGUUGUCAAAAUGAUUGAUUCUGGAGACAAGCUGAAACUUGAUCAGACCCAUCUAGAGACGGUGAUCCCAGCACCUGGCAAAAGAGUGCGGGUUUUGAAUGGAGGCUACAGAGGAAAUGAAGCAACUUUGCUGGGCAUCAAUGAGAAAACAUUUUCAGCAACUAUAACCAUUGAAUCAGGGCCUCUGAAAGGACGGCAAGUUGAAAGUAUUCCAUAUGAAGACAUUUCCAAGCUGGCCUGAGACAAGCAGAACAGCAGAUGGGUUCUGGGAUACAUCCUGCUCAGAUUAAGAACUGCACUGUGCUAGACUCCACUAUGUCGGAGUUCUCAAAUUUACGUACUUUGAAAAUCAAACAGGAUUUUUAGUACCAUCUUGUUUGACAGGAUAGCUCACAUAAGGUCUCUUUCACAUUACACAAUUAUAGCACUUUGAUGCCACUUUAGCUGCCAUUGCUUCAUCCUAUAGAAUCCUGGGAUUUUUAUUUACAUUAUGAAUUUAGGAUUUGUCAGCCAGGGAGCUCUAGGGUCUCAACAAACUACAAAUUCCAGAAGCAAUGGCAAUCAAAGUGCUGUACAGUGUGAAAGAGGCCUAAGUCUCUUCUGUAAUGCUGUCAUAUUUAUUUUCACUGUCUCGAGGCCUGUUUACACUUUGCAACUAGAAACCUUCUAUAUGCCUCCUGUGUGGUAUGUUGUCAGUUGUGAAUAAUUCUGUCAUCUCCUUGGCUUAGUGGAACAAAGGUGAAGAUAAAUAAGCUACUAGAACUGAGUUUAUCUACCUGUAGAAUUAAAGAUUAUGGGUAAAGUUUUUGACAUGGGCCAAACAACCUUGGUGUCUACUUUCCUCACUGUAGUAUCUGCCACGUAUUUUGAACCACAACUUCUAUGUGGCCAUGUUGGCUGUAGGUGAUGGGGGAUGUAAUCCGACAUACCUGGAAGAUGUAUGCUGACGGCCUGUGCUGGUGAGUGGACCCGCCACACCCACAGGCUGUCCAGCUGUCGCAAACAAUUUCUAUUUCACAAUGCAUGCUCUUAAACUCUUGAUUCCAGAUGAAACUGUGAGUUAAGCCCAGCCAGUUUAUCAUUUUUCUGCUUUCUGGCAGGGAUCACCACCUCUAAUAAUAAGAAAUAAUAAAAUAUUUAUUUGUAUCCUGCCUCUCCAUGUUUUGGAUCAAGGCAGGUAACAACAAACAUAAGAACAAUAAAAAUAGAACAUAACAUCUCCUGUAUUGCUCAUAAGGCCUAUAAGAGACGCAUCAGAGACUGCAUUUGUCCCCAUUGAUCCCACACUGACACACAGGAGAAAGUCAUGGAGAUGUUUGCAACUUGAGUGGAAAGAGGCAGAGACUUGGUGAGACCAAUAUGGCCUACCACCAUAUCUUGAGGAACCAGCCUCUGGCACCUUGUCUGUGAGAUUUUCUUUGCUCAGGGAAAGGCAGACUUUCUUAGCUCAGGAAAAGGAGCUAGUUCUCUGUGCUGACUCCAAUUUUUCCUGCCUUUUGGGAGGGGAGGAGGGAGUGUCACAUUUGAUUACAGUUUGGAAAAGUUAUCUUUUGGAUUGUACUGCUCAGAGUCCUCCAUCCAGUAUAACCACUGGAUUUUAGGUCUUGCAGGUUUUUUUUUUAAUGUAAUCUUACUAAACUCUUCAUUUUCCUGUCAUGACCCUGACUUGAUUAAUGAAUGCACAGAUGGGAAAACCUCUUCUGGGAAAGUAGUGUGUUGGUUUGACCUGAAACAGGGCUGGCUCGAAGUGGACCCUGAAGAAGCCACUGAGAAUGUCUGUCCAGGAAGCAGACAGACAUAUGAAUACACAGAAGCAUUUUGACUUUUUCUUUCCAUGGCACCUCCUCAUGUAUAAUAGGCUUCCAAGGAACCCCAUAAUUCCUAUAGGGGAUGAAUGAGGUGCAGCCUUUUUGAUGCAAUAGCAUCAGAUUUUGGUGGUCAGAAAGUAGGUCAAGGUAGAUAUGACCUAGUCUGUAUUCAGCUGAUCCUCCUCCUGCUCUUGCGUGAGCACAGGCCUUAUCUUCUAAAGAUAUGUAAAAAAAACAUGUAUAAUGACUUUGUACAGUGACUUUUUAUUGCAAUUGAAUAAUGAACAAAGAAAUAUU